AUGAGCGUAUGCUUAUAUCUGCAUUUAGCACUCUUAGCUAAUUGUCCCAUAGCAGAUCUUGGUCGUGCUUUAGUUUUCCCUGAUUGCUUUGGGAUUGGCAACGAUGGCGAACGUGGUGAAGGAACUUCGGUUUCAACUAACUGUGUAAUAGUUGAUGACAGUGUUGGAGAAACGGAUGCCAAUGUCGCUAUGGCUGGUGGUGAUUCAGUUGAUGGUAAUUCUAUCCAUGGUGGUUCUGUUAAUAGCAAUUCUAUACAUGGUAGCUCUGUCGAUGGUGAUUCUGUCACUAGCAGUGGCGCCCGUAGUGCUAUGCCUCGUGGUUCAAAUAUAUUUUGGAGACGCCUAUAGUGUGGACAUAUUUUGAGUAUUUUGCCUGCAGAUCAUUGAAAAUGGGUUUACCUAAUUAAC